AUGGCUGACGACGGUGAUUAUGACGAUGGAGGUGCUGAUUUGGGUAUGGAUGAUGACAUCGAUGAAGAUGAAUUCAAUGAAGAUGAACAAGAUUUUGAUGGGGAACAAAAUACACAAGGUAAUGGACAACAAACACAAGGGGAUGAUCGAAUGGAUAUACUUAAUGAAGAUGAUGCUGGUGGACAAGCAGGAAUGAGAACUGAUCCAUCGAAAAGAAUCACAACACCAUAUAUGACAAAAUAUGAGCGGGCACGGGUAUUAGGUACUCGAGCAUUACAAAUAGCUAUGUGUGCACCACUCAUGGUUGAACCAGAUGCUGAAAAAACUUUAAAACAAAUUGAACGCAAUGAAAAUUAUUCAUCUUUAUUAUUAACACUUUGUGAAAGUUCAACAACAUCAGAUGAUAUUCGUCGUGCAUCAGUAAUAACAUUUAAAAAUUUUAUAAAACGUAAUUGGCCAUCACUUGAUGAAUCAAAUUCAAUAUCAAUUCGUGAUCGAAAUCAUAUUAAAGAACAUAUCAUUGACUUAAUGACACGUUCACCUGAACAUAUUCAAGAACAAUUAUCAGAUGCAAUUACAGUUAUUGGUAAAUGUGAUUUUCCUGAUCAAUGGUCAACAUUACUUGAUACAAUGGUAAAACAAUUUCAACAACAAUCAUCAAGUUCAUUUCAAUCAAUUAAUGGAGUUUUAAAAACAGCACAUUCAUUAUUUGAAAGAUAUCGAUAUGAACAAAAAUCUGAUGAAUUAUGGUCUGAAAUAAAAUUAGUUCUGGAAAAAUUUGCACCAGCUUUUACAGAAUUAUUUAAAUCUUUAAUGAAUUAUUAUCCACAAAAAGAAUCUGAUCCAGUGGAAAUGAAAAAUAUUUUUAAUUCUUUACAUGUUAUCAUCAAGAUAUUUUAUGAUCUCAAUGCUCAAGAAUUACCAGAACAUUUUGAAGAUAAUAUAACAAUAUACAUGACAUAUUUUUUGGCACUUUUAUCUUAUGAUCAUCCAUCACUUCAUUCAAAUAGUAAUGAUCCAGGAAUAUUAGAUCAAGUUAAAACAGAAAUUUGUCGAUGCAUUGCACUUUAUGCCGAUAAUUAUAGUGAUGAAUUUAAACCAUAUGCACAACAAUUUGCAUUAACUAUUUGGUCAUUAUUAACACGAUUAAAUCUUUCACCAUCAUAUGAUGAACUUGUUAGUACAGCAAUGCGAUUUUUAUCAACAUUAGCUGCUCGAAGUCAUCAUUGUAGUAUGUUCGAAGGUGGUGAUAUUUUGAAAACUGUAUGUGAACAAGUUAUUUUACCGAAUUUAUUUCUUCGAGAAUCGGAUGUAGAAGAAUUUGAAGAUAAUCCAGAAGAAUAUAUUCGAAAAGAUAUUGAAAAAUCAGAUUCAGCAACACGUCGACGAGCUGCUUGUGAUUUUCUUCAAGCACUUUGUAUCUUUUUUGAACCACAAGUUAUAGCCAUUUAUAGUCAAUAUAUUGAAACAAUGCAAAAGGAAUAUUUACAAAAUCCAACAAAAGAUUGGAUGAAAAAAGAUACAUGUAUUUUUCUUGUCUUAGCACUUGCAUCAAAAGGUGAAACACAAAAAUUUGGUAUUACUAAAACAAGUUCAUUUAUUAGUAUUCCAGCAUUUUAUUCAGCUAGUAUUUUACCUGAGCUUCAAAAUCCAGAUAUUAAUAGUUUACCAUUAAUUAAAGCUGAUUGUUUAAAAUUUUUAAUUCAUGUUCGAAAUCAAAUUGAUCGUGAUGCUUUACUUCUUUCAAUACCUGAAUGUGUUCGAUAUUUAUCAUCAAAUAAUAUUGUUGUACAAACAUAUGCAGCACAUGCUAUUGAACGUUUAUUACUUGUUCGUCAUUCAGCUGAUCAAAAACAAACAGCAAUUACAAAAACUGAUUUAAUUCCUUAUGCACAAACAAUGUAUGAUAGUUUCUUUCGAAUCUUAACAUCGAAUAAAUCAUAUGAAAAUGAAUAUGUUAUGCGAGCUGUUAUGAGAUUAUCAUCAGCACUUCAAGAUGGAGUUUUACCAUAUUUAAAUCAAUUAAUCGAAAAAUUAGUUAUGAUUUUACAACGAUCAUGCAAAAAUCCAAAUAAACCAAAUUUUAAUCAUUAUCUUUUUGAAACAAUAACUGUAUUAAUUCGUACAAGUGUUUUACAAAAUUCCAAUGUACUUAAUCAAUUUGAACAAAUACUUUUUCCUGUAUUUACACCAAUAUUUACAGAAGAUAUUGCUGAAUUUGUUCCAUAUGUUUUACAAAUAAUCGGAUUUUUAUUAGAAUCACAUACAUCAUCAAUUCCAGAAACAUAUCGCGCAUUAUUUCAAUCGAUUCUUACACCAUCAUUUUGGGAUCGUAGUGGAAAUAUUCCAGCUUUAUCAAGACUCUUACAAGCAUAUAUUGAAAAAGCUGGUGAAACAAUUGUUCUUGAAAAAUUAACAAUUGUUCUUGCAAUAUUUCAACGACUUGUAUCUCAAUCAAAAAUUCAUGAUCAUGAAGGUUUUGCUAUAUUAAAUUCAUUAAUUAUGCAUUUACCAACUGGAUGUUUAAAUAAUUAUUUUAAAGAUAUAUUUAUUAUUAUAUUUACUCGUUUAACAAAAGCUAAAACACAAAAAUUAAUUCGAUGUAUUAUUAUAUUUUUUUCAUAUUUUACUAUUAAAUAUGGUGCACAAGAACUCAUUACACAAAUUGAUUCAAUUCAAACAAAUAUGUUUCAAAUGGUUGUUGAACGUUUAUUUAUGCCAGAAUUAUCUAAAGUUGAUGACUGUGAUAAAAAAUUAUGUGCAAUUGCUAUAACACAUUUAUUAUGUGAUCCAGAAGCAAUGACAAAUGGAGUUUAUUUAAAUAAUUUAUGGUUAAUUUUAUUACAAACUUUACUUCGAUUGUUUGAAUCAUGUAAUGAAUUACAAACAAUGUCAGCUGCUGAAAGAAAAAAACAAGCUCAAGAUCAAGCAGAAGAAGAUUUACUUGUUGGAUUAGAUGAUACACCAGAUUAUACUCCAGCAUUUUCACGUUUGGCAUUUGCUAAAAAAUCUUCUACAGAUUUAUUUGGUUCAAGUAUUCCUGAUGCUCGUUGUCAUUUGGCUAAAUGCUUACAAACAUUAACAAGUUCUCAUCCUAAUCAAUUUUUGAAUAUCAUGACCAAUGGCUUAUCACCAGAACAUUUAUCACAUAUACAAAAAUAUUGUGCAUUAGCUAAUGUUACACUUAUGUGA